GUCGCGUAAACUAUGACGUCAGGGGGCGUGUCUCGAAGAGGACAGAAGGGACUCGACCAUGGGAGACAGUUUCCAUGACCAGCUGACAGAGGAUGGCGCCUUCCUCAGAACAGAGAGGAGACUGGACACAGAGCUGGUGGACAAAAUUAUUCUGCAGCUCAACAGAAUCUACCCGCAAGUACUCUCAGACAAGGAGGCCACCAAGUUUCGCAACUUGGAUGUGCCCACGUGCCUCCGCCUAGGUGAGCUCCUGACGCACCUGCAGGCAAAAGGAGAAGAAGCCUGCAGGGAAUUUUACAGGGCUCUUCACCUGCAUGUUGAGGACGUCUAUUACAGCUUGCCAACACGGCUCCGCCUCCGAGAUUCUUUUGAUCCCAUCGCAUAUCCAAGUGCCUACAAAGAGAGACAUGUCAUGAACGACAAAAGUCCACUCUUCUUUUUAGGCUGCUUCAGUGUUGCAGUUGGAAUGGCAUUAGUCUAUUACUUUGGUGAAGCCAAAGUGACUGGAGGAAGCAGGGCCCUUGGGAUGGCGGCUUUGGGUUUGAAAAGAAAAGCUCGCGAGAUCCUUGUUUGGUACACAGAAGAAAGCCUCAUGAAGUAAGGAACAACUGAGUCUCAGUGGGCAUGGGCUUCAGGGAAUCUUCAUUUGAACCAAAGCACAGCACCAUACUUUGCCUUUCAAAAUAAGAUGAACACAUUUUUAUUUAUUACUUUUGGGGUCCAAAAUAGAAAUGAUGGGGAACAUUUGGGUCUACAACUGGCACCUUGCCUAUACUUGCUUACUAGCUAUUUAAUUCGAGGUAGAGGAAUUAUUAAAAUUAACAGGGAUGUGUUACAUUUUCAAAGAUUAUGAAUACAAUAUUCAGUGUUGUUUUUUGUAAUGGAAAGCCCUGCUAUAUAAUGAUAACUAGAUCUGUUAUCUUUGUAUUUCAGAGUAUUUGCCAUGCACUGGUUGUUGGAUGAAAUUAUUUUUGACGCGUCAAAAAAAUGCAGUGUGCUGUGCAAACAUAAACAAGCUGGUAGUUGUCGCCCUCGUGUGGUGUAAAGAUAGAGUACAAGAACAAUAGUGUUCAGAGAGGGUAAAAAUCGACUCGCGAAGAUAUAUGCGGUUAUUUUUUUGUAUAUGCUCGAUCAUGUAAUCGGAUGUAAUAACGCAUUAUCAAUUGGUUUCGUUGUUUGGAUUUCAAUUGACAUACUGUUUCACGAUGCGUACUCACGUGACUCCUCUAGCCAAUCACUUCCAACGUUGAUGCGCGGUGCCUUAUGGGUCCCAGUCUAAAAAUUAGAAAAGCGAAGCAAUGCCCAAAUAAAAACCACAAACGCCUUCCAACUAAUAAGAACUACAUAAUAAAGAAACAAUUCCAUUGUCGUAACAUCGUAGAAGCAGUGAAUUUGGUUAUGUUGUAACCGUGAGUGUAAAGGGACUGCGUGGUUGUCACUAUAAGUAGCCAUAUUGUUUCAUGUAACUGACGUGUUGUAUGAAAGGAGAGAAGGUUAGCACUCCCCUUGACAAGGAUGGAAAUGGCCCUUGUGGCCUGCAACACAUAUAUGGUUAAGGCACUGCCACCUACUUCGUGGCAUCUCUGACCAAGUUUUUUUCUAUAAAAAUAUCUACAAUAGAAUUUCAUGCCAUUAAUCUUUAUUUUAGCAGUUAAUAAGAAUUCAACGAGGUUAAAAGCACUAAUUGAAAUGAACUCAAGCUUGAAUAUGUUGUACAUUUCUGUACCCCCUCUUAAUAUUUAGUGACCUGCUAAAAAAAAUAAAAAUAGUAAUAAUAAAAAUAGGCAACACAUAUUUUUAAUGUCAUAAAUCACCUUUCAAAAUAUUGAUGGACUUUAUUGCUGACAUUAAUUGGACAUUUUUACACUCGAGUGCCUUUAGACAAUUAAAAAAAAAAAAAAAGAAGAUGACAAAUAGUGCCUUGUAAUGACUAGAUUUAUUCCCCAAUCAAACAGGUAUUGUUGAGGUAGUACAUCUCAGGCUGUUGUAAAGUAAAAUAAAAAAGGGCUUGCGGACAUAACAGUAGCUACGGUAUGGUGGUUUGUAAAACUAUCGUGCAAAUACGUAUAACCUUGUGUUUCUUAUUUUUCUAUAUUUCUGUGCAGUUGUGUGUUCAUAUUUUUAGUCUGAGUGAUGUUAGCUGAUAUCCUAACUUUUGUGUGGCUGCUUCCAUUUUCUUAUUUUUGUCAUGUUAAGAUGCCUUCGAUUAAACAAAGUGCCACUUUGGUCCUCUGAACUAUGUACAAUCUGACAAUAAACAAAAUGGUACCAUU